AUGGACAAGUACGCGAUUGUUACACAGGUAGGCGAAGGGACAUAUGGUGUUGUGUAUCACGUUAAAUGUCGCGCUACCGAUCAAUGCUACGCGUUGAAGUGCCACGAAAAUAACAAAGACGGCAGUAUGAUGGACUCCACCGUCCGAGAACUCUCUUGUCUAUCGGCUCUGAGAGGCCACCCCAAUAUAGUGGAGACACUGGACUGUUUCCUUCACGAGGGCAAGAUAUCAACGCUCAUGCCCUAUCUCCCCUUAACGCUGUUUAAGGUGAUCUACCAGGGUCGCGAUCACUCGGGCCUGUUGCCGAUUACGUUCAUCAGCCGUUUCUCUCUGGAGAUCGCCGACGCUCUGUGUUACAUGCACGGGCUUAACAUGAUACACAGAGAUCUGACGCCCGCUAAUGUGUUGCUCACAGCGGACACGCUAACCGUGAAGGUGGCAGAUAUGGGGCUUUCUAGGUAUGCUGCAAAGUCCAUGAGUUCUGGGUUGGUAACCGAGUCCUACAGAGCCCCGGAAUUAUUUGACGCAGAGGAGGAGGAGGAGGAGGAGGAGGAGGAGGAGAAGGAGGCAUGUACUGCACAAUACACCUGCGCAAUCGACAUGUGGAGCCUGGGAGUGCUGAUAGUAGAUGCCAUGGAGGCGACGAUGACCUUUCACAGUAAAAACUUUCCAACGUAUAGAAUCAUCAAGGAAACUCUCGGUCGAAACGACCACGAUGGCGAGAGCAUGUGGAAUCCCCUGCGUGUAAUGCCCACCCUAAUGGGGUGUUUGCCAGUGAAGAGAAUUGCCUUGGAAUUGCUGCAGUACGACCCGAAGCACAGACUCACUGCGCGGAUGUUACUAGAUGACAGCAAAUGGCAACGGAUUUCCGAUGCGAUCACCGACGUGGAUAUUGACCGUGUGAAACGUUAUGCUGACAUUCGGCAAACAGCCUGA